GGCCGAAAUAUCUCAGUUAAAAAUCAGUUAUUUGUUUAAAUAAAGGGGCCGAACCGACAGGGCCGAAAUGUCUCAGUGGCUGAUUUGGUAGUAGGGGAGCUAAUUAGUAGUCUGUGACCUUAAUAGUAGAAACUGUUCCUGCUAAUUAGUGAACACUACCAGAACCGAGUGUUUUGUGCACCAUGGAAGAUUCUCGAUAUUUAAUAAAACUAAUUAUUGCACUGUCAUUAUUCCAGUUUGCAUUUUGUAAACUAUUAGUUGAUGUAUCCAUGGAAAAGGAAGGAUUGAUAAAAAAGGGAGUCUCAUGUAGUCUGAAAAAAAUUACCACUAAAACACUGGAUAGUUUGAGGCUGCAAGGAAAGGAUGUGAAUACAGUGGUUCUUUGCCUUCUAGAGGCUGUAGAGGAAAAGGAGUUCCAGAGCUCGGGAGAGUUGUUGACAACCUUGGGCUCACUGUAUACACAACAGGGCAAGAUCGCUGUUGCUAAAAAGUUUUUCAAGCAUGCCAAAUCACUCUCCGGAAAACAUUCAGAGUACAUCAAAGAGUGGUCUUUCCUUGGUCCUUUUGUUAUCGGAAAACCGGAAGUAGAUGGGGACCCUGUGGAGGCAUUUGGUGGAAUUAGACUGGCAGCAAGGUCAAGAUUAAAGAAAAAUGUUAAAUUCUAUUCAGAGCUGGUGCCAGGAGGUGAGAUCCAAUGGUCCCAGAUUAAGCAGGCAGGGCCAAACUCAGCAGUGCAGGUUUGGCCCAAGGUGAACUGGAAUGAACUGGUUAAUAGUUUAGGUUCCAUGGGAAUUACAGAAUGGCAGGGCUGGCUGGUAGGGGAUUUCGCUGUGAAUGAGGAUGACCUUGACCUUGUGGUGCAAUGUAUGGGCGUGCAUACUGUGUACAUCAAUGAUAUUCCAGUGACUGGGGAUGUGUACCAUAGGGACAAGUUUUGGUACGGGGUUGAGCUAAAUCCUGGGAUACAUACAGUGUAUAUUAGGCUUAGGACUAAAAUUAGUGCUCACGUAAUGUGCAAGUUUAAAACAGCUAAAAGCUCAUUUGAACUUUUGUCUCCAAUUUUUUUACCAGAUCUAUUAGAUGGAAGAUUGUUUGGAAAUUAUUUGACAUUCCCUGUUGCAAACUACCACAGCUCAAAAUUUCUGAAGAUCUCAAAAGUAGUUUUAACUGACUUCAACUCAAAAAGUUCUGAAACACAGAAUAAACUUGUAAUAAACGUCCUUAAAUCACCAGUUUCAAUAGCUCCAGGUCAGAUAUAUUCAUUAAAUCUAGAGCUAAGAGCAAAAACCCAAGACAAGACUAUAAUCUCAGAAUGUUCCACACCGGAAUCCCCAUGGGACGUCAAGUUCACCCUAAAGGUCACGACCUCAGUCGGUGUGUCCACAUUGCCAAUAGCAAUAAGAUGCAGAACAGGGAAACAGUCCUUCCUGUACACAUUUUUAGAUCAUGAUGGCUCUGUUCAGCAGGCAGCUGCCAUACAACCAUUGCAGGAUUGCCCUGGAGGAGUGUGUCCAACUGUACUGUCACUGCAUGGUACAUCGAUACCUCCCCAGAACCAGGCAGACAGCUACAAACAUAUGGUGACAGGCCAGUUUGUGUUUGGUUUUCCAAGAGGGUGGACACUAGCUCCUACCAGACAUGGAGCCCACAACUGGGAGGGACCGGGGCUUUUAACUGCUAUAUCAGCCCUGGGUAGUCUGGAGGCCCUGACACAAGGGGAUGAUUGGCUGACAAAUAAGGCUGAUAGUAGGCAUGUUCUGUUUGCUGGUCACUCUAUGGGUGGUCAUGGGGCAUGGCAUGCUGCCAUCCACUACCCAGACCGGGCACUGGCCCUCAUAGCCCUAGCUGGUUGGAUCAAGAAGGAAGAAUACGGUGACAGUAACCUCUUCUUCAGACAUGACAUAUCUGCCAGUCAUGUUGACCCAUUCCUGAAGUCCAUCUUGGAGUCUUGCAUCGUUGAAAAUGACGCCGACCAGCAUGCAUCAAACCUGGCCUCGGUCCCUGUAGUAGCUCGUAUAGGUGCAGAGGACCGUAAUGUUCAUCCCUGGUUUGUACGGAGGAUGUACCGUCUGCUUAAGGAGGCCGGGGUCAAGGUCAACUACACAGAGGUCAAGGACAAGGAACACUGGUGGUGGGACACUUUGUACACAAAUGAUGGUGGGGCAGUGAACGACAAGUACUUACGAGAUUUCACCAACUUCCAUAUAGACCAGUACCUGGAUUCACAGGCUCAGUGUACAAGUGAUGUUGAGGGCUGUUUAUAUUCCUCUGACACAAACAUGUACACUAACAAAGAUGAACCAGAUUCCCUCUGUGUGAUUAGUUUUAACCCGGCCCUCGGGGAAGGCGUGGGUGGGGUGAGGAUUUUACAACAGAUUGUUCCACACAGAAAGUCAGAAAUACAGGUGGAGGUUAGGUCUAAGGGUGUUUAUAUCUACACCAGAAAUGCAGCCAGGUUCUCUGUGGCUCAAACAGCAGUGAAUAGAUUUGGCCUGGAUAAGGAUGAAUAUUAUGUUGAUGACCAGAAAAUUAUUCCAAGCAUUAUAGGAGAACAAAAAAACUUGGAAUAUUGCAAGAAUACAGAGGGCUGGAGUUCAUGCAGAGAAGACCUUGACACUGUGGACAACAGGGGUCCCCUGACAAUGGGGCCAGCUAGACUGGUUGCAGAACAGCCAUUCCGCAUUAUCAUCGGUACAGGAGGCAGUCUUAGCUCCCAGACGUACAUUCGUCAGGUGGCAGUCUACAUUGCAAACCUGUUCUUGUUAACAUCAGACGGUCACGUAGACAUUGUUGCUGAUACGGAUGUCCAACCAGAAAACAUAGGUUUGCUCAAUGCAAUAAUUCUGGGAAAUUCUACGGAGAAUAUUCAUACUGAAUCCAUUCUUCAACGUGUUCCAAUCAAAAUGUCUUCAGAUGGCGUUCAGCUUGGCAGAUGUUGGUUCUCCUCUCUGAGGACAGGUUUGCUAAGUCUGAUUCCUUUGGGCCCAGCUCAUCUUGGCCUGGUCCUGCUGGGUACCAGCAGAGAGGGGCUGCAGGAUGUUGUGUCCCUGGCCACACCUACUAUACCCCCUAUGACAAGAUCACCAUUUUCAAACCUAAUCCCUGACUAUGUGAUAACUGGACCAGACUUUGGACUGAAGGGCCCUGGAGGAUAUUUGUGUGCUGGUUUCUAUGGUAAUCACUGGCAAUUCCAACAGGAAGUGGCUUCUUGUGUUUGCUGAGCUGCAAAGGGAACAGCCUUAUACACUGCAAAAGUAACAAGUACAUGUAGUCUCAGAAUCCAAGACAACUAGAAUUUAAGCGGGACCUUAAAAAAAGUGGAAACUUCUGUUUAAAAUGACUACCAUUCAAUCAGUCAGAGUUCAAAUAUGGACUUUCUUCAUGGAAAUGCUACUCACAAAUUAAAUAAUUUUUGUCUACCGUAUUCGAAACUAUUCAGUUAAGAGUUCACCGGUGCUGUUUGGGAAAGAAUCCACUGCAUGGAGUUUGGGAAACCAUAGAACUAUGAACAAUUGUUCCUUGUUACAAUUUGUUAAUGUGUUUUGUUAGAGGAAUUACACUGGUUCAAAAUGCACUACAUGAGGAUGGAGUGCUUUUCUAGUGGUAAAGGUGGCUACCUUCAGCUUAAGAGGUUUUAUUCCUACAUCACGGACAAUCUCCCCUUGCAUCUCAUUGUGGAAACCAGUUCAAGUUACAAUUCAACAACUACCAAUGAAAAUGGAAUGUGAUUCCUCACUAUUGUAUUACUUAAUCAUGCAAUUCUCGAAUACUAUGGGAUUGUGCUAGAAAUUCAAUGUGACAUAUUCACAUUAUAUUUAUAAUAUUACAACUAAGACAUGUAAUGCUUAUAGCUUAACAUUGAACAUUUUACACUUUAAUCAGAUAUCAUAAAUGUACAUGUGUUGUCUUUGAUUUUAUUUGAACCGUGGCAAGCAAAAUGGGUCUUUAAGUAAGUUUUUGAAUUUUAUAAGUUUUUUGGAGUCAUAUCAAAUAUGUUAUUCAUGAAAAGAAAUGUUAGCUACCUUUAACGUAAUGUGGACCAUGGAUGUCUCCAUUCUAAUUUUAGUUACGAAAUAAUGACACCUAUUUCCUGCUUAUGUCAACUUUAAGACCUAUUAUUGCAUGUGAAGGUUCAUUUGUUUUGUAUAUUUUAAAUCGGUAUCAGGCUGAUUUGUAUGAAAUAUAUGUCAAAUGUAUAAUUUACAUUAAAAAUAUUUUAUUUCACUUUAAUAAUUUAAGUUUUUUUUCAAUAUGAAAUAUAUAUAAUUGGCAGCUUUAGUGUGUCUUUGUGAAAAAUUAAUAUGAAAUAAAUAUAAUUGGCAGCUUUAGUGAGUCUUUGUGGAUAAUAAAUCUUGAUUUUUAUGACGCCCGUGUAGGAUGGCCGAUCAUACAUGUAAUGUACUGUAAAGGGGUUAUGUUGUGCAUUUUUGUCGUAUAAAAAAGUAUAGAAAUUAAGCACCGGUAGCCCAUUGUAUAAAACUUGACUUUGUUGUUCACAGGUUAUUUAUUGGCAAGUUUUUAUAUCUAUAUGAUAGCCUUGAAUAAAUAAUACUGACCAUUCAA